UCCGUCCCAAAAGAAAAGCAAGAAAAACUGGAACUGCGGCUCAUAUCAUAUUAUUUAUCUGGACAAUAUUUUCUUUUAUAUAUAUAUAUAUAUAUAUAUAUAUUUUCCUCAGAUUGGAGGUUUUUGCCGGACGAGACAAUAAACCUGUUGUUGAGAGAGAGAGAGAGAGAGAUUUGGGGAUUUUGGUUUCGUCCCAAGUGACUUUGAUCGACCCACGAUGUUUCCUAAUCUCCAAAUUUCAGCUUACACUGCUUCCUCUGCUUCUCCUUCAGAAAGGUGAUCUGGGUUUGUCUUGUUUUCUCGAUUUGUGUUUCUAUAAAUGGUGCAUUUUUUUCUGGAAUCUUUCUAAAUGUGGAAAGUUCUGGUGCUCCCAGUUUCCUUGGAAUCUGGAUUUUGUUUGCUUGUUCGGAAAAUGUGGGUAAAGAGAAGGAAAUUGAAGUUUUAAAAGGAUGGCUAUGAGUAUCACGCCAGCAUACGGAAAUUAGCGUUUGUGGUAUAAUUUCUUCUGGGGUUUCUUACAGAAGCUGGAUGGGUUCCAGAUUCCCAUCUCAUAAGCUAAGCAAUGGCCUUUAUGUAUCAGGGCGGCCAGAGCAGCCAAAGGAAAAAACUCCAACCAUGAGCUCUGCCGCCAUGCCGUAUACUGGUGGAGAUAUCAAGAAGUCGGGGGAACUUGGAAAAAUGUUUGAUAUCCCUGUCGAUGGUUCUAAAUCUAGGAAAUCUGGACCUAUGACUGGUGCUCCUUCAAGGACUGGAUCUGUUGGAGGCUCUGCUACGCAUUCAGGACCAAUGCCUAAUACUGCAUCACGGGCUGGCUAUACCACUUCAGGCCAUGUAUCUUCCGGAAGCAUGUCUGGUUCAGCUUCAUUAAAGAAAUCGAAUUCUGGGCCACUAAAUAAGCAUGGUGAGCCUUUGAAGAAGUCAUCUGGUCCUCAAUCUGGUGGUGUAGCACCAACAGGCCGCCAAAACUCUGGGCCUCUUCCUCCUGUGCUCCCUACAACAGGUCUCAUUACAUCUGGGCCCAUUUCUUCAGGCCCUUUAAAUUCUUCUGGAGCCCCUAGGAAGGUAUCUGGUACUUUUGAAUCUAUGGGAUCGAGGAAAGUACAAGGUUCCUCCAUUGUUCACAAUCAGGCUGUCACUAUUCUUACCCAAGAUGAUGACUUUUCCUUCAAGAAGAACUUUCCUAAGUUAGUGUUGUGGUCACUAAUUCUACUUUUCGUGAUGGGGUUCAUUGCUGGUGGUUUUAUUCUUGGAGCAGUCCACAAUGCCAUUCUCCUCAUUGUGGUUGUGGUUCUUUUCGGUGCAGUUGCUGCAUUAUUCAUCUGGAAUACUUUUUGGGUGAGAAGAGCUAUUAUUGAUUACAUUGCUCGUUAUCCUGAUUCAGAGCUUAGAACUGCAAAGAAUGGGCAAUAUGUUAAGGUCUCUGGGGUGGUCACCUGUGGUAAUGUGCCCCUCGAAUCAUCCUUCCAAAAUAUUCCUAGAUGUGUAUAUACUUCUACAAGUUUAUUUGAGUAUCGAGGAUGGGAUUCAAAAGCUGCCAACCCUUCACACCGUCAUUUUACUUGGGGGCUCAGAUCGUUGGAAAGGCGAGUGGUUGACUUCUACAUCUCCGAUUUCCAGUCUGGGUUGAGAGCGUUGGUAAAGACUGGCUAUGGAGCAAGGGUGACUCCUUAUGUUGACGACUCAAUUGUCAUCGAUGUUAAUCCUCAGAAUGAAGAAUUGUCCCAAGAGUUAAUCAGGUGGCUGGGUGAGAGGAAGCUCUCAAGAGACGAUCGCAUAAUGCGGUUGAAAGAAGGGUAUAUCAAAGAAGGAAGCACAGUUAGCGUAAUGGGAGUUGUUCAGAGAAAUGACAAUGUGCUCAUGAUUGUCCCUCCACCGGACCCAUUCACAACGGGAUGCCAAUGGCCAAAAUGUAUUUUCCCUGCUACCCUCCAUGGUGUUGUUUUAAGGUGUGCUAUGAACAAUGAUGUCAUACCAGUUUAGCUGCUGUAAAUUUCUUCUUUCUUUUUUCUUUUUUCUCUAUUAAUUUCUUCAGAUGGUGUAUAGUUUUUUUUUUUUUUUUUUUAAGGGUUGAGAUCUUUUUUACUUGUUUGAGCAGAUUGAGGGUUAUGUUAAAUAGAAGGGAAAUAUUCUAUUGUC